AGCACUUCCGGGGUAGAGCUGGAGAGCGCGCGCGCGCACGUGGGGGCUGGGGCGGAGAGAGGUGAGGUCCGGGCUAGCGAGUGCCGGGCGGAAUGGGUGAAUUUAAGGUCCAUCGAGUACGUUUCUUUAAUUAUGUUCCAUCAGGCAUCCGCUGCGUGGCUUACAAUAACCAGUCAAACAGAUUGGCUGUCUCACGAACAGAUGGCACGGUGGAAAUUUAUAACUUGUCAGCAAACUACUUUCAGGAGAAAUUUUUCCCAGGUCAUGAGUCUCGGGCUACAGAAGCCCUAUGUUGGGCAGAAGGACAGCGGCUCUUUAGUGCUGGACUUAACGGAGAAAUUCUCGAGUAUGACCUACAGGCACUAAACAUAAAGUAUGCUCUGGACGCCUUCGGAGGACCUAUUUGGAGUAUGACCGCCAGCCCCAGUGGCUCUCAGCUUUUGGUCGGUUGUGAAGAUGGCUCUGUGAAACUGUUUGAGGUCACUCCAGACAAAAUACAGUUUGCAAGAAAUUUUGAUCGGCAGAAAAGUCGGAUCCUAAGUCUCAGUUGGCAUCCUGCUGGUACCCACAUUGCAGCUGGCUCCAUAGACUACGUUAUCGUGUUUGAUGUCAAAUCAGGGAGCAUUACUCGUAAGAUGGUUUUAGAUAGGCAGCACCUGGGAGUGACGAAGUCAAGGUGUAUUGUGUGGGGCGUUGCCUUCUUGUCUGACGGAACUGUCAUAAGUGUGGACUCUGUUGGAAAGGUGCAGUUAUGGGACUCAGCUACGGGGACACUUGUUAAGAGCCACGUCAUCGCAAAUGCGGAUGUUCAGUCUAUUGCUGUCGCUGAUCAAGAAGACAGUUUUGUGGUGGGCACAGCCGAGGGCACAGUAUUCCAUUUUCAGCUGGUCCCCGUGACUUCCAGCAGCAGUGAGAAGCAGUGGGUGCGGACAAAGCCAUUCCAGCAUCACACUCAUGAUGUGCGCACUGUGGCCCACAGCCCGACAGCUCUGAUAUCAGGAGGCACAGACACCCACCUAGUUAUUCGUCCUCUCAUGGAGAAAGUGGAGGUAAAGAAUUAUGAUGCUGCCCUCCGGAAGAUCACUUUUCCCCAUCGUCGUCUCAUUUCCUGUUCAAAAAGAAGGCAGCUUCUCCUCUUCCAGUUUGCUCAUCACUUGGAGCUUUGGAGACUAGGAUCUACAGUGGCAACAGGCAAGAACGGAGAUACUCUUCCACUCUCUAAAAACGCAGACCAUCUGCUGCACCUCAAGACAAAGGGCCCUGAGAACGUUGGCUGCAGUUGUGUUUCCCCGUGUGGAAGCUGGAUAGCCUAUUCUACAGCCUCUCGGUUUUUUCUCUAUCGAGUGAAAUAUGAACGUGACAACAUAAGCCUCCAAAGAGUUUCCAAAAUGCCAGCGUUCCUUCGCUCUGCCCUCCAUAUUUUGUUUUCUGAAGAUUCGACAAAGCUCUUUGUGGCAUCAAAUCAAGGGUCUCUGCAUAUCAUUCAUCUGCUGGAAGGAAACUUCAAGCAUUUGCAUACUUUCCAGCCUCAAUCAGGGAUAGUGGAGGCCAUGUGUCUUUUGGCAGUCAGUUCAGAUGGGAAUUGGCUAGCUGCAUCAGGUACCAGUGCUGGAGUCCACAUAUACGAUCUGAAUCAUCUAAAGCUCCACUGCACAGUCCCUGCUUACAACUUUCCAGUGACUGCUCUGGCCAUCGCCCCCAACACCAACAACCUUGUCAUUGCUCAUUCUGACCAACAGGUAUUUGAGUUCAGUAUCCCAGACAAGCAGUAUACAGAGUGGAGCCGAGCUGUCCAGAAGCAGGGAUUUCACCAGCUAUGGCUCCAGAGGGAUACUCCCAUCACACACAUCAGCUUCCAUCCCAAGAGACCGAUGCACAUCCUCCUUCAUGAUACCUACAUGUUCUGCAUCAUUGACAAGUCCUUGCCACUUCCAAACGACAAAACUGUGCUCUAUAAUCCACUUCCUCCCAAAAAUGAAUCAGAUGUCUUCCUGAGGCGCACAGCCCAUGCAUUUAAAAUUUCUAAGAUAUAUAAGCCCUUACUCUUCAUGGAUCUCUUGGAUGAAAGGACACUUGUGGCAGUAGAACGACCCCUGGAUGACAUCAUUGCUCAGCUCCCACCACCCAUCAAAAAGAAGAAAUUUGGAACUUAAAAAUAGGGCAUUGUGUGUCUCUUUUCUUUUUUUUUUUUUUUUGGUUUUUCGAGACAGGGUUUCUCUGUGGUUUUGGAGCCUGUCCUGGAACUAGCUCUUGUAGACCAGGCUGGUCUCGAACUCACAGAGAUCCGCCUGCCUCUGCCUCCCGACUGCUGGGAUUAAAGGCGUGCGCCACCACCGCCCGGCCUGUGUCUCUUUUCUUGAACUGUCCACCCUGUUGUUUGUUUGUUUGUCUUCCCCAGAAUCAUGAUAAUAAAGCAAACUUAUUCUUUA